AUGGCGCCCGGCAGCCCCAAUAAGCCAUCCGUGCCCAUCGACAUCAACCAAAGAAUGCCGACGUCCCAGGCCGCGCCGUCUGGAAGCCACCGCGCGCAUCAAAACCGCUUCGAGCUCGGCCCUCCCAGUCUGCACGACAGGUCCGGCUCCGAGGCCAUCGCCGAAUCCUCUUCGUCAGCAGCCAUGCGCUGCCAUGCAUGCCAGCAGCUCGACUUUCGUUGCGUCACCCGUGACGACAAUGACGGCUGCACGCCCUGCGUCGAGGCUGGCGCUGCGUGCUCCCUGAUCGGACUAAGCCCCCGGUCGCGCAAGAGAAAGCUGCACGGCGAGUCGUUCAACGAACCCACCGUCAAGAGAGGAUUCUCCACGUCUGAUUUGCACUCUAGACGGCAUCCAAAUAACGAAUUGGCAAACACUUCCACCAGCUCCAGUCUUCUUGAAGACUUUGCCAACGUGGGUGGUCCUACGAGACUUGGUCGCACACUGGGUCUGCAGCUCGAUCGCCACAGCCAGUACAUUGGACACACGACUGACUUGGAGCCCUCGCUGCUCAAUCUCUCCGAUUAUGAUCCCGAAAAUGAGAGCAUGUCCCCGCGCGGCGUUCUGCGCAAGGUGAGCCAAGGCCAGAGCUUUCUUCUCGUCUCUGACGGUACCACCCGCGGCUACGAGCAGCAGCAGCAGGACAUCAUGGCCGUCGAGGCGCUCGUCGCCCCGCACGGCCGUACCCUCAUUGACCUCUUCUUCUACCAUGUGCACCCGGCGUUUCCCAUUGUGCAAAAGCACGUCUUUCUCGAAAAGUACGAGCGUGACUACCGCGAGUUUACGCCGUCGCUCCUCGCCACCGUCUACCUCUUGGCCAUCAAUUGGUGGAACCACAGCCCUGCGCUGGCCGACUUGCCCAGACCCAACACUGACGAGCUGGAGAGCCUCGUUCGCAGCAGCCUCGCCGACUCCAUGGGCCGCCCGAAGCUGUCGACCGUCGAGGCCGCGCUGCUGCUCGCCCAGAUGCCCGGCACCUCCCAGUGGGCGUCCACGGCGCAGCUCGUUGCCGUCAGCCAGGACCUCGGCCUGCACCUCGACUGCUCGAGCUGGGAUAUUCCGCCGUGGGAAAAGGGCAUGCGAAAGCGCCUCUCCUGGGGCGUCUACAUGCAGGAUAAAUGGAGCGCCCUCAUCCACGGCCGGCCCUCGCACAUAUCUCUCUCCAACUGGGCCGUUCGCAGCCUUACGGUGCACGACUUUCCUGAUGUCGACUGGGACGAGGGCAAUACAGAUCAAAAGGAGGACGCCGAGACAGGACAGAUCAUCUUUAUGCGCUUUAUUCAGCUGACGGGCAUCCUGACGGAGAUUCUUGACACCUUUUACACGCUCGCCGCCAUGCACAAGGUCGAACACGCGGGUGCCCAGGGCACGCAGAUUGUGCUCGCUCUGGCCAAGCCCAUACAGCUCAAGCUCAAGGACUGGUAUGCCGACCUACCCGCCUGCGUGCGCCUCGAGUCGCUCUCGUCCGGCGGGCGCACGCUCUCGCGCCCAUCGAGCGUGGGCUACCUACACCUGGCAUACUUUGCCACCGAGACUUCGCUGCACAGACGCAUCAUCAGCACACUGAGCGCCUCGCCGACGACCGUCGACCCGUACCUGGAGCACAUUUGCCGGAGCGCAGCCAAGGCACGCCUCAUCUCGAGCAUGGACUUUGUCAACCGGCUCUCGCCCAACCACCUGCAUUCCUUUUGGUACUUUGCCUCCAAGACCAACUUUGCCCUCAUUGGCACAUUUGGAUCACUGCUGUGGGCGACAAGCCCCGGCCGCGAAGAGGCCGACUGGUAUCGCCGCCGCCUCGCCGAGUAUCGCUGGACGCUGUCGAUCAGCGCCAAGCCGGGCCAGCAGAACCGGUACCUGACGGCCUUUGCGAUGGACAUGCUGGACACGUCGACGGGGAUGUUGCUGCGACAGCUGCCCGAGAAGCCGUCUCUGAGCCGGUGUACGAGCGCGGCGCUGGACUUUGCGGGUCGCUCCUUGCCGGGCUCAUUUUCGGGCCUUGGAAGUGGCUUCUCGCUGCAGGGCAGCUUCAGCAACCUGGAUAGCGCCCUGGACCGCAGCAGCUCGCACAGCUUGGAAAGCGACGACGAGAGCGUCAGCGAUGAGGAGGAUGACUUGGAUGAUGACUACAACACGACUGUGUAA